AUGGGUGUCACUGUCAACAAGCAGCUCAUCUCUUUGUCACUGCUCUUUCUUGCCUUCCUCUCAGGCCAAGCUCAUGGACAGGGCAUGGAUCUAUGUGCCGGAGCUAACUACGCAGCCCUCUGCCACUCGGUUGUGGGAAGAGAGAAAAGCCCAUAUGUCGCCGCGGAGGCAACUGUCAACCGAUUGAUUUCAGAGACAAAGCAAGCAAAGAGUUCAGCUGCUAGGCUUCCCCACAAGGACUCUCCAACUUGCACGUACGUGUAUGACGAAGCCCUUUACAGCCUCAAGGAGAGCCUGCGGAGUCUCAAGAGUCAUGACAUAGGCAGCUUCAACGUCAAACUUUCUGCGGUUAUGAGCUUCGCCGAAGCAUGCAAAGACUCGUUUGAGGAAAUGGGGAAGCCAUUCCCCAUUGCCAAGCAGAAUGAACUCAUCAAACACAUUGCCAGCAAUGCUUUGCAUAUAGCAACAUUCAUUCCCUGA